ACAACCAUUUGAACCAUUUGAAUCGACCUUAGAAAGGCGCAUUCGGCAAAAUUUAAAUAAUGUGUUUGUUUUCGUGAAGUCAGUGUACUUUUUGGCCAUGGACAAAGAUUAUGAUGACCAAGACUUGAACUCUAGUCCGGAAAUACGAAGAGGUUUAUGUAAAUCUGACAAUAACGAUUCCCUAUUUCGAGAUUUAUAUCAGUUUCCUCUUUCACCAGAUAUCAAGAACUCUACACUCAAUGCCGGUGAUGGCGUUAAUAUCACUGAUGUUUCCCAACUAAAGUUUAGUCCUAUAUAUUCCCCGUCUUAUAAAAGUUCAUUGGUUGACAAUAGUGGCUUUGAUCUAGUAGAUUCUAAUGACACUUCCUUUGACCAUCGCUCAAGUUUAUUUGAUAAUUCUGAUGAUACGACGUAUCAUAAUGUUUUGAAAUUGAAAGGAAUACCAGAGAUUUCCAUAAGCCAAAUUCCUGAGAGUGAACAGUCUCGAAAAAGUCUAACUGGUUUUAGUGAAAACGAUGAGAUUAAAAAGCAGUAUUCUUCUGAUAUACAAAAACAAGUAACCCCAAAUCUUCUGCUAAGGACUAAAAAUUUCAUGAAGAAACACCAUAGUUGCAUUAAUACCCCUCCAUCUCAUUGGAUAUCAGCACCAGUGGCCUUAACACCAAAUCGUGAUCUAGUUCACAGUUGUUCUUCUAUAGAGAAUGAAGUUUGUUUUCUGGUUAAUCAAGUACAGAGUACAGACUUUAUCACUUCAGUACAAUAUGCUCCGAAAUGUUAUAUAAAAUCACUUGAUUACGCACCUUCAUUUAGAACCCCAUUUAACGAGAUUGAUAACCCACCAAAACUACCGGUCACAAAUAUUUAAUUAAAGACUUAGACCUUAUACAAAAGAAGAAAUAUGUGAGCGAAGACAACUGUCAAUAUAAAUAUAGAAAAAAAGAAAUUAAAACUACAUGUCUGUUAAGGUACUUCUUCCUCAAACAAAACAAUAUCAUAUUGUUAACAUUCAUUUAAUUUUUAAAAAAAAAUCUAAUUCAAAAUCUAUUUUUUUUCAAUGAAACUUUAGAAUUUA